AUGUAUAGUUCUCUAUUUAAAGAUGAAGAUGGUUUUUCUGACGACUUGAGUGAUUUUGAUGUUCCUGUCUGUAAACCAGGAAGUGAGAAGAAGUCCCUUUCAUUCUCUAGUGAAAAAAGGAACAACUUCGAUAAUAAGCUAAAUGUUUCAUCUACCAAAAGAAUAGUUGUGAAAGAUGAAGUUAAGGAUCAAUUAGAGAACCAGACUAAUAUUUUGAACGAAGAUUUAAAACCUAUUGCUGCUAACAAAGAUCUGAAGCAUCCAGUACUUGAAGAUACAUCAGCUACUGACAAAUUGAUCGAUUUUGAUCUGAUUGACAGUUUUGAAAAUGAAGAUUUCUGUGAUGAAGACAUUGAAGAUGAUGUCAUACUGCCUACCUUUAGGAGAAAAAGCUCAAAUAAGAUACUUAGUGAUGAUGAAAAUGAAGAUUCUGAAUCUUUGUUGAAAGAUGUUUGUUCAAUGAACCUCAAGCCUAAAACAGUUAAGGUCUCAGAUAUCAAUUGCAGGUCAAAUGAUGACAUUAAAGAAAACGUUUCUUCAACUGUUUUACCUCUGGAAAACAAAACGAAUUUUAAUUCAACAUGUCAAAGCAUGUUCAAUUAUGAACAAAAUCUUUGUCAACUGCAAAAGAAAAUAAAGCAAUCUACUAGUUCGGAACUACAACCUGUAUUAUCUUCUCUGCAUGAGCUGAAUAUAAAUAUUAUGACAAAAAUAUGUGAUACUAUUAAGAAUCAGCCAUCUUUGCUUACUCAAAACAAAGAUUUGAAUUAUCUAAUUAACAUCAGGCAAAAGAUAUUAGACCAACAAAAUGAAGCAAAAAAUAGCUUUUCUUCAAUCUCAAAAGCAACUGCUAGUGCUUCUAAUAACUUAAUGACAGAUAUAGACUGUAGUACAAGUAACUUAGAAUCAUCUUCAGAAUUUCAAAAAUUGAAAUCAGUACCAUUGUUUACUACUGCUGAUAAAUUUAAUUCUCAAUCCAAUAUCUAUGAUGGAGGAAAAAAAGAAAGUUCUACCUUUGAGCCUGAGAAGUUUGAACAACAAAAACCUACCUCUUCUGAUUACUUUGCGAAAAAUAACAGUGUAAACCAAUCAAUAAAUAUCAUUGAAGAUAUUGAGACUCAAGAAUUUGACCCAACGAUAUAUGACAUAAGUGAUGAUGAAGCAAAUUCUCCAGCUCUGCAUGAAAAUGCUCAAAACUUUGAUCUGGAGAAUGAAAAAGGUGGAGGAAAAAGUUUGUGUUAUCAAUUGCCUGCUUUAGUUACACCAGGUGUAACUAUUGUGAUAUCACCAUUAAGGUCUUUGAUUAUGGAUCAAGUUCAAAAAUUGUGCUCUUUGGAUAUUAAUGCUAGCAGUUUAACUGGCGAUACUGAUACAACUACAGCCAAUAAUAUUUAUCGGCAACUUUCAUCUAGGGAACCCAGCCUUAAAUUACUAUAUUUGACCCCAGAAAAGAUUUGUGCAAGUGCAAAACUUGUAUCCUCUCUUGAAAGUCUUUAUGCAAGAAAAGUGAUUCAACGUUUUGUUAUUGAUGAAGCACACUGUGUGAGCCAGUGGGGUCAUGACUUCAGACCAGAUUACAAGCGUUUAAAAAUUCUUCGUGAAAAAUUUCCUAAUGUACCAAUGAUGGCUUUAACUGCAACAGCUACUCAAAGAGUACUGAAAAGUAAACAAAUGGUUGGCAGAGAAGAAGAAUGGCUCAGAGUGGGUUGGUUCAAAGACUCCACUCCCAAUCUUCAAAUUGUUAAAAAUUUUGAAAUUGGAUCGUAA